CCAGUGUAUCUCUGUCUCCUCCCGUCUUCCCUCCUCUUUUGCUAGCUCCCUUCAUACGGUGAAUGAGUGGCAGUGGUGCCGGUUUUUGGCGUCUGGGUGUCAUGCAAGGCUGGACUCAACCUAUACACGUGUGUAGCUGUUAUUAGUAUAGGACUCCCGGGUGUGUUUUGGUUUGCAUGGGGGCAGCAGGAGCAGGUGAUGGCAGUGCUGCCGGUGAGCUUGAAGUCUGAGGUAGUGGUGAAUCCAAUGGGAAACUCUGGCACAAGUUGCAGGUUCCAAGCCUGCCGGCUUGUGUUUGCUUUCGUGCUAGGCUUGUGUGCUGUAGCUGUGCAUGCUGGAAGUGAGAAACUUCCAACUUCACUGUCAGCACUUGGUGCUCGAGAGGAUGGAUCGAAGUGGCAGAGUGGUGGUGGGCCGGAGGACCCAUACACGACAAUCCAUAGAAAGAGCUACUGUGCAAUGCAUGAUAUUUGUGGUAAGGGCAGUGAUGGGCGGUCUAUGAACUGUCCAAAGAACGUCCCAGCAGUUUUGCCAAGUGAAUCUCUGUCACACAAAAUUCAAAGUCUGUGUCCUCUUUUGACUGGACCUGUGUGCUGCACAGAAAAGCAAUUUGACAUUCUCAAAGCACAGGUGCAACAGGCUGUCACAUUCUUGGCGGGUUGCCCAGCAUGCCUGCGGAAUUUCUUGAACUUCUACUGUGCAGUGUCUUGCUCCCCCGAUCAGAGCCUUUUUAUCAACGUCACUGAAGUUGAAGAUGAUCCGGAAACGAAUGUUUCAUAUGUUGAAGCCAUUGACCUCUUUGUAGCAGAAAAGUCAUCCAUCCGCUUCUACGACUCAUGUGCGGAUGUCAAGUUUGCUGCCAUGAACACCCGGGCAUUGGAUUUUGUCGGUGGAGGAGCAACAGACUACCGCGAAUGGUUUGCAUUCAUGGGGAAGAAGGCCCCACCUUAUGAACCUGGCUCACCGUUUACAAUCAAUUUCCCGAAAUCCUUACCGAGGAAGUCAACCAUGCAGCCAUUGGGAAUUGAAAUGGUUCCCUGCAAUGAUUCUUUGCUGGAAUGCUCAUGCGGUGACUGUCCGACGGCACAGGACUGUGCUCCGCCCCUCCCUCCUAUUCCCAGGAAAGCUGGUGGUUGUAGUUUGGCCCUCGGAGGAAUGAAUGUGGCCUGCCUUGACCUGGCGUUUGGAGUUUUGUAUGUCGUAUACCUGGUUGCUGUGGCUGUUGGUUGGGCUUGGAUCAAGAAAAGUGAACCUGAUGUGCUGCUGGGUGGUGAAGGACUCUCUGAGCACCUGUUGGAUGACGAUGAUAAUACUGAGGUGAAGGAUGAAAUUUUCCCUGCUGGCGAUGCGGAAAACGAGUCCUUGAGCAGUCAAGUACCUGCAGGAGAGGCCAUCCUGAGAUGGCUUGGUGUGUGGUAUAGGCACCAAGGUAUCUGGAUAGCUAGGCAUCCUGUUGGAGUCAUUCUGUGCACCUCGGCAAUAUUCUUUUUCAUGAUGUUGGGGAUGCUCAGGUUUGAGGUUGAGACUGCCCCUGAGAAGUUGUGGGUGAGUCCUGGGAGUCGGGCAGCUGUGGAGAGGGCGUUUUUUGAUCAUCACCUAGGUCCAUUCUACCGUAUCGAACAGCUCCUGGUUGCGACGAUGCCGACAGGAAACGAAACACACGCACCGUCCAUUGUUAGGGAUGAGAACAUCAGGCUUUUAUUUGAAAUGCAAAAGAAGGUCGAUGAACUUACUGUGAAUGUGUCGGGGAGGCAGGUCUCUUUGCGCGACAUCUGCUUCAGGCCUAUGGGGUCAGAAUGUGCCACACAGAGUGUGCUGCAGUACUGGAAGAUGAAUAAGGAGAGGCUUGACGACCUGGGAGGUGUGGAACAUCUGGAGUUCUGUACUCAGCAUUACACUUCUUCUAUUGACUGUUUGAGUGCAUUCCAGGCACCAAUGGAUCCUAAUGUUGUGCUUGGAGGGUUCAGAGGCAAAAAUUUCACUGACGCAGUUGCAUUUGUCAUCACUUAUCCUGUUGACAACGAUGCAAACAAGUCUGAUUCUCGUUAUUCAGAUGCCUUGGCUUGGGAAGCUGCUUUUGUAGAUCUUGCAAAGAAUGAGCUGACCGCCAUGGUAAACAAGAAGGGCCUUACCUUUGCCUUUUCAACUGAGAGCUCAGUGGAGGCAGAGCUGAAAAGGGAAAGUAGUGCUGACGUGCUUACCAUUGUUGUCAGCUAUCUUGUCAUGUUUGUUUAUGUUUCGUUGACUCUUGGCAGUGUUUCUAAGUCCUUGCCUCUUGUUGUAACAUCGAAGGCCAUGUUGGGGCUCAGUGGUGUGCUUAUUGUCAUAGUGUCGGUUUUGAGUGCUAUAGGGUUGUGUAGUGCAUUGGGUGUGAAAUCUACGCUUAUCAUUGUCGAGGUCAUUCCGUUUCUUGUCCUUGCCGUCGGUGUUGAUAACAUGUGCAUCUUGGUGCACACCAUGAAGCGGCAGGGACAGUCCUUACCAGUGGAUCUUCGUGCCGGGAAUGCUCUAGCGGAGGCAGGCCCAUCAAUCACCCUUGCAAGUAUGGCGGAGACAAUUGCAUUUCUUGUUGGUGUUCUGACACCAAUGCCUGCCUGCAGAGUGUUCUCGUUGUUUGCUGCACUUGCAGUCUUCCUCGAUUACAUUCUGCAGAUGACGGUGUUUGUGGCGCUGAUGUCACUGGACUUUCGGAGGGAAGAAAUGUUCCGUGUUGAUUGUGUCCCAUGUAUGACUGUAAGAAAUCUGAAAAAGAAUGAUGGAGAAGAGGCAGAGGAUGAUUUCAAUCCUGGGGUUGGACACUCGGAACCCAGCCUUCUGAAUCGCUACAUGGCAAAUGUGCAUGCCCCGAUUUUGAGUAAAGAGCCUGUGAAAGCUGUUGUGAUGGCAGUCUUUGGUGGGCUGUUUUUCAUUAGCUUGGGGUUAAGCUCGAGGCUUCAACCUGGGCUGGAACAGCAGAUUGCACUGCCAAAGGACUCCUAUCUACAAGGCUAUUUUGCAAACAUUUCAGAUCACUUGGAAGUUGGUCCGCCAAUGUAUCUUGUAGUUAAGGACUUGAACUACACCAUGGAGAGUGGGCAGAUUAACCAGAUAUGCUCAAUCGGUGGAUGCAACCCAAACUCGCUUGUGAACCAGGUGGCAAGAGCUGCAAGGACUCCACAAUCAACGCUCAUAGCAAGGCCUUCUGACUCAUGGGUUGAUGAUUUCUUGUCCUGGAUCUCGCCAAAUGCGUUUGGCUGCUGCCGCGAGUUUCCGGAUCAGUCCUACUGCCCUCCUGAUGACCAGCCACCUUGCUGUCCGAAGGAUGCAUUUGAUUGCAGUGAGAUAAAGUCAUGCCUGAACUGCACAACAUGCCUCUUCCCCAAGGAUCUUGUGAAUGGACGCCCAACAACGGGUGCAUUCCGCUUGAAGCUGCCAUGGUUUUUGUCGGCGAACCCAUCAGCAGACUGUGCAAAGGCUGGCCAUGGAGUAUACAGCCGUAGCCUAGACCUGACAGGGUUCCCUGACAGUGGGCUGAUCAAGGCGUCCGAGUUUCGAACCUAUCACACGCCCCUGAGGAGUCAGGCAGACUUCAUUGCCGCAGUCCGGAUGGGAAGGGAGUUUGCAGACCAGGUGUCAAAGUCUAUCAACAUUCCAGUGUUUGCUUAUUCCGUGUUCUACAUCUUCUUUGAGCAGUACCUGUCGAUCAUGGGCACGGCGUCGUUUGCUCUUUCUCUCGCAUCUGCUGCUGUGUUCUUUGUGUCAUGGUUGCUGAUUGGCAGUUUGCACAUGGCUGCCAUCAUACUGGGAGUCCUUGUGAUGAUAAUGGUGGAUCUCAUGGGAGUUAUGGCUCUCUGGGGUAUUCAGCUGAAUGCGGUCUCUGUUGUAAAUCUUGUCAUGGCCCUCGGGAUUGGAGUGGAAUUCUGUGCACAUGUUGCACAAGCCUUCAUGGCAAGCCAAGGGACUGCGGAGCAAAGAGCAAGAAAGGCCUUGGUUACCAUGGGGGCGUCUGUGUUCAGCGGCAUAACUCUGACAAAGUUUGCAGGUGUGCUGGUGUUAUACUUUGCUCGAUCCGAGAUAUUUGUGGUGUAUUAUUUCCGUAUGUACAUGGCUCUAGUCGUCCUCGGUGCACUGCAUGGCCUGUGUUUCCUUCCGGUUGUUCUUAGCAUCUUUGGCCCUCAGCCCCACUUCUCGUCACUACAUGUCCAGAAAAUUUGGGCUAUGGGCUAGUUGCAGAUGUGGGGCCAUGUCAGUGCUUUGUUUACCUUUUCUCUUCCAUUGAUGACCAGGCAUAACCUGAAUGAUAGGGUUGACACUCCAAAGGUCAUUUUCUUGUAUAUUUGUGCUGUAGAUAAAUUGCGUUCAUGCGUAGCUUGGUGGAUGCUGAGGGGUGUAAGUUUGUCUGUUGGGCCAUGGUAAGUGUGACGAUGGCCAGAAUUUAGAAGGUUUUACUUGGCUUAUGUGCUGCUAUGUUCAAGGAAAAUAACGUACUGGGAAGUUGACGUGGAUGCGUGAUCAAUCAAGUCACGUUCAAUUUAACGGUCAGGGUCUUGCAUCUUUAGUUGUGUACGUCUCAAUCACUGUGUCGUCAGUACUGAAUUUUAUUUCAGCUUUCCGUAGCUGAGCUGGAUGCCUGACACUUGUUAAGUUUGAUGAGCCUGAGCGGCAGUGAUGUGUCAUCUCUCUUUCUUUCCACGCUCACUCCAGGCUCUUUAAGUUGUGUCUGUCUCAAUGGCUCUGAACUCGGUACUUGCUUUAUGUGUCUACUUUCCACAGCUGAGCUGGAUGCCUGACACUGCUUAACGCCUGGUGACCCGGAGUGGCAGUGAUGUGUCAUCUCUCUUUCCGUCCACAGUCUCUUACCCACACAUGUUUGUGUGCUGUCCAUCACCAGUGUUUCUGGCUUUCAUGCUGCUUUGGUGAUAUUGUUCUUUGGAGGGUAGACUGUCCUUGCUGGGUGGAGUAUCUGUUUCUUAUCCUUGAUGUGGUACCCAACUGGUCUGCUUUGGGUGUACAUCCCUUGCCAUGGGACGCAUCCAGGAGUGCACCGAGAUCAGCACUGCCCCCUAACAGCAGUGCCAGACUUUACUUUGUUUGGGUGUCCUUCUAGCCAGUUGCUGCGCUCCUUCCUCAGAGUCUUCCUCACUGUGCUGUAUUCACCCUCUCAUCGGACCUCUCUCCCUCCCCCUUUCUUGGCCUGUAGCAUUGAUAGACCGAUGUAAGCUGUGUUUCGUUUCACACCCAUUUGUUCUGAUCCUCCAUGUAUGUUUCUCUUCUUACUGAGCGUGCUUGAGAGU